GUUCAGCAGAACCAUGGAAGAGCUGGUUCACGACCUCGUCUCGGCCUUGGAGGAGAGCUCAGAGCAAGCCCGGGGCGGGUUUGCCGAAACGGGGGACCACUCUCGGAGUUUGUCCUGCCCCCUGAAACGCCAGGCCAGGAAAAGGAGGGGCCGAAAGCGGAGGUCCUACAACGUCCACCACUCGUGGGAGACGGGGCACUGCCUGAGCGAGGGCUCGGACUCGAGCUUGGAAGAGCCCAGCAAGGACUAUCGAGAGAACCACCACCACCACCACCACCACAAGAAGGACCACAGCGACUCCGAUGACCAGAUGCUGCUGGCCAAGCGCAGGCCCUCCUCGGCCUUAACCAUCAGCGCGCGGGGCAAGCGGCCGCUGUGGCACGAGGCUGACUUCGCGGCGGACAGCCUGGGCACCAGGACCCUGCGCCGGCGGAGGAAGGUCAAGCGCAUGGCCGUGGACCUGCCCCAGGACGUGGCCAGCAAACGGACCAUGACCCAGGCCCCCGAGGGCUGUCGAGACCAGGACAUGGACAACGAGCCCGCCCACCACCAGUGCCAAGAGUUCGCCAAGAGCAAAGUCAAAAAGAGGAAGCUGAAAAUAAUCCGCCAGGGCCCCAAGAUGCAAGACGAGGGCGUGGUGGCCCUGGAGAGCGAGGAGGCCGGCCGGGCCAGCAAGGACAAGAUGGAGUACGAGGAGCAGAAGGUCUCGGAUGAGCUCAUGAGCGAAAGUGACUCCAGCAGCCUCAGCAGCACCGACGCCGGCUUGUUCACCAACGACGAGGGGAGGCAAGGUGACGACGAGCAGAGUGACUGGUUCUACGAGAAGGAGACGGGGGGAGCCUGUGGCAUCACUGGAGUCAUUCCCUGGUGGGAAAAAGAAGACCCCAGGGACCUGGACAAAAACCUCCCAGACCCUGUCUUUGAGAGCAUCUUAACUGGCUCUUUCCCCCUUAUGUCGCAUCCUGGCAGAAGAGGUUUCCAAGCAAGACUCAGCCGCCUUCAUGGAAUGCCUUCCAAGAAUACUAAAAAAUCUGGAGGGACCCCAACUUCAAUGGUGACCACUCCCGGCCCGGGAGGCGACAAGAGGAUGGCUCACCUUCCCCCCGAUUCUCAUCACCACAACCACUGGUUUAGCCCCGGGGCUAAGACUGAGCAUGGCCAGCUUCUGAGAGAGAGCCGGGCGGAGAGAGGACACAAGAAGAACUGCUCGGUGAAGACAGCCAGCAGGCAAACAAGCAUGCAUUUGGGAUCCUUGUGCAUGGGAGAUGUCAAACGGAGAAGAAAGGCGGCCCCUUUGCCUGGACCCACGACGGCAGGCUUCGUCGGUGAGAACGCACAGCCCAUCCUGGAGAACAACAUCGGGAACCGGAUGCUGCAGAACAUGGGCUGGACCCCAGGCUCGGGCCUCGGACGCGAGGGCAAGGGCAUCUCGGAGCCCAUCCAGGCCCUGCAGAGGCCCAAGGGGCUGGGGCUUGGCUUCCCGCUGCCCAAGGGCGGCCCGGCCACCACUGCCCCUGGCUCGGGGAAGCCCACCUGAGGGGAGCAGCACCCAGGAGAUGUGUGCUGCUUUGCUCAUGGUAGAUAGGUGGCUGGUAGGUAGGUAGGUAGGUAGAUAGAUAGAUAGAUAGAUAGAUGUUGGCUAGAUAUGGAUAUGUGUAUAUAUCCUCUUAUUCUAAAAUUACAAGACAGCUUCCUUUUUUUGAAGCAGAAGUCUACGUUGUUGGCUCAUCCUGGGUACACUUGCUUCAGCGUCCAGUUCAGUUCAGUCUCUCCCCCACCCCCCCCGCGAUUGAAGGGGGGUUUCAUUACGAUUCAGGUGCUAAUGUGACCCCCCUCCUUUUCCAGCAGCUUCUGCCCUUAUUUAUUUUGCUCUCCCAUCGUCAGUCAUUUCUCAGGCUGAGCCGUGUGUGUGUGUGUGUGCGCGUGUGCGUACAUGUGCGUGCAUGCAUGCAGGCCCACCCUCACAGGCUCCCGAAUUGGAAGCGGCGAGAGGACCGUGCCCCACUGUGGACUCUUUUCCCCCCUCCAUCUGGGGCUCCCCCUCAAAGGCCUGCCAUCGCUUCAGGAAGGUCCGAGACACAUCUCUUGAUUGGAGGAGGCCAAUCAGCUUCCUGCUCCCCAAGCCCAUCCGC